AUGCCGGAACAGACCGAUAAUACGCAGCUGGAGGCUUUCACGAGCAGCCAGGACGGAAACGAAGAUGGCUACAUGGCCCAAAGCCUCCCGCGUGCCGACGAAGGGAUGCCCGCGUGGAAGUUUCUCCUCGGAGCCUUCGUCGUCGAGGCCGUUCUCUGGGUGUCCUACGGCGUCUUCCAGGACUACUACUCGAAACACCCCGACUUCCGAAACGACUCCAACAUCGCCGUCAUCGGCACCGUCGCCACCAGCAUCUACUACCUCGGGGGUCCCGUCGCCCUCCCCCUCGUCGCCCGCUUCCAGGCCUGGCAGCGGCACAUGAUCGUCGUCGGCUGGCUCGGCUGCGUCGCGUCCCUCAUCGCCGCCUCCUUCACGACGACCGUCCCGGGCCUGAUCGCGACUCAGGGCGUGCUAUACGGCCUCGCCUUCAUGCUUCUCAACUACCCCGUCCUCCGCAUGCUGAACGAGUGGUUCGUCCGGCGCCGUGGGUUCGCCUUUGGUAUCAUGUCCGCCGGCGCCGGCUGCAGCGGCGUCGGUCUCCCCUUUCUCAUGGAUCUUCUCUUGUCACGGUACGGCUACCAGACGACGCUGCGAGCCAUGGGCGCCGCGCAGUUCGUCGUCGUCCUGCCCGUCAUCCCCCUCCUCAAGGGCCGCCUGCCCGUCUCAAAACAGGCUGCCCUCCGGAGGAUCGACUUUGGUUUCUUCCGGAACCCGCUCUUCUACUGCUUCGCCCUCGCGAACCUCCUCGAGGCGCUGGGCUACUACAUCCCCUCGCUGUACCUCCCGACAUACGCGACGGCCCUCGGCCUCUCGGGGACGAUGGGCGCCCUGCUCCUCGCCGCCAACAACCUCGCCGUCAUCGUCGGCCAACUCGCGCUCGGCUACGUCUCGGACCGCGUCAACAACGUACUGAUCCUCGUCUUCGCCUCGUCCUUCGCCGCCGGCGUCGCGAGCUUCGCGAUAUGGGGAUACGCGUCCUCCCUGGCGCCCCUGAUGACCUUCUCGUUGGUGUUCGGCCUGGCAACGGGCGGGUUUCCCUGCCUGUGGCCCAAAUUCGGGUCCAUCUUGGCGGACGACCCGGGGCCGGUGUACGGGUUCAUGGCGUUCGGCAAGGGGGUCGGGAACAUUCUGACGGGGCCUAUUUCUGCACCGCUCAUGGCGGGGGCUGUUGGGUCGGGGUAUGGACUCGGGCGGUUCGAGCCGUUGAUAUUAUAUCUAGGGUCGAUAAUGCUUUGUUCGUCCUUGGGGAUCAUGGGAUGGCCGCUUUUUAGACACCACGAUAAACGCUGA